CAAUAGUAUUUCCCUUACGGCUCCUCGUUGUGUCAGUAUUCUGGUUUCCGCUAUUCCGUGCGUAUUCACUCUGUAUCUACCUAACUUUGUUUUCAUCACGAGACACUUCAUAGCGACAUCGCCUUGAUAGUCGCUGUGUUCUAUACAGUCCUCGCGUAAAAUUCAGUUUCCUUACAAGAUGGUAGACGAUGUGGAGCGAUGGAGAACGGCUUUGCAAGAAUGUCCUGUCGGCCAUUCACUUCGAUGUUCAACUCUCCACAAUCUUGCCAACAGCCUUGAAGACAGAUUUGCGCAUCAGGGCGUCCUGUCUGACCUCAAUGAGGCCAUUGAGCUCCAUCGGGCUGCACUACUACUCCUUCCCCUCGGGCAUCAUGAUCGACCCACAUCUCUCAACAACCUCGCUGUCAGCCUUCACGACAGAUUCGAGCAGCAGGGCAUCCUAUUUGACCUGGAUGAGGCCAUUGAGCUCCAGCGUGCUUCACUGGAGCUCUGUCCCCCCAGUCAUCCUCAUCAUUUUGUGUCUCUCAACAACCUUGCCAACAGCCUUCAAACCAAAUUCGAGCAGUGGAGUAUCCCGUCUGACCUCGAUGAGGCCAUUGAGCUCCAUCGGGCUGCACUGGAGCUCUGUCCCCCUGACCAUUCAGAUCGAUCCACGUCUCUCAACAACCUUGCCAGCAGCCUCAGAACCAGAUUUGAGCAGCAGAGCAUCCUGUCUGACCUAGAUGAGGCCAUUGGGCUCCAUCGGGCUGCACUGGCGCUCUGUCCUCUUAACCAUUUUGAUCGAUCUGCAGCUCUCAACAACCUUGCCAAUAGCCUUCAAGCCAAAUUCGAACAAGGGAGCAUUGUGUCUGACUUGGAUGAGGCUAUCGAGCUCCAUCGGGCUGCACUGGAGCUCCGUCCCCCCGGCCAUUCAGAUCGAUCUGCCUCUCUCAAUAACCUCGCCAACAGUCUUGGAGACAGAUUCAAUCAGAGGGGUGUCCAGGCUGACUUGGAUGAGGCCGUUGAGCUACAUCGAGCUGCACUGGUACUCCGUCCCCUUGGCCAUCAUGAUCGGUCCGCGUCUCUCAGCAACCUUGCUGUCACCCUUCAUGACAGAUUCAUACAGUGGAGUGUCCUGUCUGACUUGAACGAGGCAAUUGAGCUUCAUCGGGCUGCACUGGAGCUCCGCCCUCCUGGCCAUUCUGGUCAUUUUAUGUCUCUCAACAACCUUGCCUGCAGCCUUCACGAAAGAUUCGGGCAACAGGGCGUCCUGUCUGACCUAGAUGAGGCCAUUGAGCUUGAUCGUGUUGCUCUGGAGCUCUGUCCUUUUGGCCAUUCUCAUCAUUCCGCGUCUCUCAGCAGCCUUGCCAGCAGUCUUCGUGAAAGAUUUGAGCAGCGGGGUGUCCUGUCUGACCUGGAUGAGGCCAUUGAGCUCUGUCGGGCUGCUCUGGAGCUCCGUCCUCCUGGCCAUUCUCAUCAUUUUAUAUCUCUCAACGAACUUGCCCGCAGUCUUCAUGAAAGAUUCAAGGAGCGGGGUGUCCUGUCUGACCUGUCCGAGGCGAUUGGCCUCCAUCAGGCUGCAUUGGAGCUCUGUCCUCUUGGCCAUUCUCAUCGUUCCACGUCUCUCAGCAAUCUUGCCGCUGGCCUUCGAGCCAGAUUUAAGCAGAGGGGUGUCCCGUCUGAUCUGGAUGAGGCCAUCGAGCUUCAUCGAGCUGCACUGGUCCUCCGUCCUCCUGACCAUUCUCAUCAUUCAACAUCUCUCCACAACCUUGCCAUCACCCUUCAUGACAGAUUCAAGCAGCAGGGCUUCCUGUCUGACCUGGAUGAGGUCAUUGAGCUUCAUCGAGCUGCACUGGUCCUCCGUCACCCUGGCCGUUCUGAACGAUCCACGUCUCUCAACAAGCUUGCCUUCGCCCUUCAUGACAGAUUCGAGCAACGGGGCCUCCUGCCUGACCUGAAUGAAAUGUUUGGCCUUCAUUUGCAACUCUCCCACCUACCUCAUGCAGCCUCUCGUAACGAUCUUAGUGCUGCCAAGUCAUGGGUGGCCUCCACUGAGAAGAUGAAGCAUAGUUCUGCAUUGCUUGCUUAUCAGACUACUUUAAAGUUCCUGGAUCAGCAUGUUGCUCAUUUGUCGUCUUCUUCACGCGAUUUUGAUAUCGUCAGGAAGGCCACUUCUUCUCUUGCCAUGGAUGCAUUCUCCUGCAGUGUUCGCCACGGUGCUUUAGUGACUGCCGUGGAAUUAGUGGAGCAAGGCCGUGCAGUAUUCUGGACCCACUUGGCACGCUUUCGCACUCCACUCGAUGAACUUGCUGUGUCAGGUAGCACCGGGGCGGCCUUGGCGGCAGAGUUCAGGCAACUUAACUUUCGCCUUCGUACCGCGUUAGAUGUGUCUACUGCAGACCAAUCCCCACUCAUUCGGAAACUAACCACGCAACGGGAUGAUGUCAUCGCCCGCAUCCGUUCGCUGCCAUUUUUUUCCCGUUUCCUCCUGCCUCCGCUAUUCUCUGACCUCAGGAAAACGGCAGAAGAUGGUCCAGUCAUUCUUGUCAAUGCUAGCCAGUACAGCUGCGACGCCUUGAUUAUCCUAAGUGCGCAAGAUCCAGUCCACGUUCCCCUUCAUAUUACACAAGCCGAAGUCUCCCAGUUGUCCUCCGAGUUCCAGUCCCUCAUCGAGGGUGUUGGGUCUUCUGAUCAUCGACUCGAAUCACACAAGAUUGUCGGUAUUCUACGCAAGAUUUGGGAUCGUAUCGUCGGCCCUGUAGUCGAAGCUCUCAGGACCUUCAUCAAACCUGGCUCACGCAUUUGGUGGUGUCCUACCGCUGAGUUCACACUGCUUCCUCUACAUGCGGCAGGACCUUACAAGAAGAAGAGCCAUAAUUUGUCUCACUUCUACAUCUCCUCCUACACCCCAACUUUGGCGGCACUCAUUCGCGCGAGACAACAGGUUUCCAGCGAUGCGUCUGUUCAGCAUUUUGUUGCCAUUGGUCAAGCAAAACCGGACAGAGGGAGGGAGCUGCUAUAUGUCGCUCCUGAGUUAGACAUUGUCGCUCAGUGUCUCGCACCUGUCGCAUGCGUUACAUCGCUCGCAGACAGCGAUGCAACAGUCCAGGGUGCACUGGACGCACUAAACGACAAUCAAUGGCUUCACCUUGCCUGCCAUGGAAUGCCGAAUCGAGAAGAACCAUUCGAGUCUUCCUUCGCGAUGCGCGAUGGGCCCUUGACAAUCAGGGACAUCAUCCGAUCCAACUGGCAAAAUCCGGAGUUUGCGUUCUUAUCGGCUUGUCACACUACCGUGGGUGAUGAGAUGAGUCCCGACGAGUCUAUCCAUCUCGCUGCGGCUAUGCAAUUCUCCGGGUUUCGCAGUGUGAUAGGUUCUAUGUGGUCUGUUGAUGACGAGGUUGCGCGCCAGAUUGUUUCCACGUUUUACGAUCAUCUGGUUGAUGGUUCAGGGAGAUUAGACUGCACACGCGCUGCGGUAGCUUUGUACAAGGCUGUGAAAUCGUUGCGUAAGAUAAUUCCGCUAGAACAACAGAUCGUAUUUGUUCACAUCGGUAUUUAAUUCGAGACUCGAUUCGUUGUUUUGUUGUACUUUGUGUAUGUACUUGAUCCCAGUUGAUUUCAUUUCCUGCUAUUCCCUGUGAUACAAGUU